UGCUCUCAAUGUGUAUGGAAUUUUUUAUUUCUUUCUUUGACCUGGCUUCCAAAGAAUCAGCGAAAUCGCAAACGCAUAGAAUGUGCCGUAUGAACUUUCAUUUCACUUUCAAUUUCCUCGUCGAGCGUUCCAUUUUUGUGUGAUUUAUUGCGUGCGGGAGUGCUGUAAUGUGUAUUUUCGAAACCCUGCCAAAAUAGAGACAUUCCGAAACGGUAACCGGACGACCCUUUUUUCCGACACAUUACGUUGUGUGUUAGUGUUUUAUCGUGAAUUUGUUUUGUUGCUGAUAUUCGUGAGCGACGCACAUUUCUGUUGCUGUUGUAGCGGCGUUUUUUUGGUUUGCUCCAGUUCCAGUUCCCGAAAGCUUCGAGUACACCCCCAACCACCUACCUAUCGUUACCGGUAUAAGCAGAAGCACCAUGGAAGCGUUGGAGAGGAACAAUGCUACAAACAGCUACAGAUUCGGCACCAUUGACUAUAUAGUAUUCCUGGGCAUGAUUGUGCUCUCCACAACUACUGGCAUAUAUUUUGGAUGCAUCAAGAAGAGUAAACCGAAGCUAGAGGAUACGGAACCCACUUUGCCUACAACAACGCCGGUGCGAAGAAAACAUGAUUUCGGUUCGGAAAAAAUGAGCGAGUAUCUGCUUGGAUCACGGAAUCUCAAAGUAUUCCCCGUGGCCAUGAGUCUGAUAGCCAGUUAUAUAUCGGGCGUUACGAUACUGGGGACCACAUCAGAAAUCUACAAUUAUGGCACGCAGUAUUGGUUUAUAGCCAUCGCAAUUGUUCUGCAGGGUAUUGCUGUAUCAUAUAUCUAUAUACCGGUGUUUUGUGCGCUACAAGUCGGCUCUUCCUAUGAGUACCUGGAGAUGCGUUUCCAUUCGGUUAUACGAAGCAUAGCAUCUUUUAUGUUCAUUUUGGAUGAGAUCCUGUUUUUGCCUUUCAUUGUCUAUGUGCCAGCAUUGGCAUUGAAUCAGGUAUCUGGAAUCAAUCUGCAUGUCAUUGCAGUGGUGAUCGUAGUUGUUUGCGUUUUCUAUACUUUCGUGGGCGGCAUCAAGGCUGUGGUCCAUACAGAUGCCUGGCAGGUGCUGGUCAUGUUCCUCUCCGUUCUGGCUGUAGCUGUUUUGGCCACCUAUUACGCCGACGGUUGGGAUGCCCUGUUCGAUGAUGCUUCGAAGGGAGGUCGUCUGAUCUUUACCAACACGAAUCCCUCGCCGUAUGUGCGGCACACUGUUUGGAGCGUGCUCAUUGGUGGCUUUUCGUAUUGGACAUCCUUCAACGCGGUGAACCAGACUAUGGUGCAGCGCUACAUGUCACUGCCUUCGCUGAAAAAGGCUCGUGCUUCGAUGGCCAUAUUUACCAUCGGAGUGGCUGCCUUUGUCUCUGUAUGCUGCUAUGUGGGUCUACUGAUCUUUCAGAUGUACAAGGACUGCGAUCCACUGAGUUCUGGUUUGAUAACGCACGACGAUCAACUGUUGCCCCUCUUUGUGGUCCAAAGUGUGGGUCACAUCUAUGGAAUGCCAGGACUGUUUAUAGCUGGUAUUUUUGGAGCUGCUUUGAGCUCCCUUUCGGUGGUGCUAAACUCCACUUCCCUGGUCAUCCUUGAGGACAUUGUUCGAGGCUGCUUCAAGAUGAAGCCCAGCGAAAGGGCCUCCACUAUUUUGGUCAAAUCAACGAUCAUUGUCCUAGGCUUUGUGGCAAUUUCCUUGGUGUUUGUCCUCGAACAGCUGAGUGGAAUUUUGAGCAUUUGCACCUCAAUGACGGCCAUUGCAGCGGGCACAACCUUCGGUCUGUUUACGCUUGGGAUGCUCGUUCCCUGGGCAAAUACAGUGGGCACUGCUGUUGGAGGGAUAGCCAGUGCUCUUCUCGCGGGAUGGAUUUCCUUCGGCACACAGUUUACCAUCGCAGCGGGGGAACUCAAUUCCCAGAAGCUACCCAUCUCCGUGGAGGGAUGUGUGGGUAAUGUCACGAUGCCACAGAACAUUUGGGUGGAUGAGGAGCAAGUGUUUCCCCUGUAUCGGCUGUCCUAUCAUUGGAUAAAUCCCAUUGGUGUGGCUACAGCGAUACUGGUGGGUGCUCUGGUCUCCCUGGUGACCAAACCAACGGAGAUGAAAAGUCUCGAUCCUGAUGUCAUAUCACCAGUGAUUCAUAGAUUCCUACCGAAAGAUUGCUUUCAAGGUCGCAAUCUCCAUGCGCAGGCGCACAAGAACCUCCUCAAUAGCAGCACUUGAGUGCCAAAAAACAAAGCAAAGUCCUAAACCCUUUUUGUGGCAUUGUAUUUCAAACAAUUUUGUUGUUGGCCUAGUUUGUAGUUAAACCUUAAACUUAAACGUAGAAAUAAUCUAGUACAAACCGAAGUACAGGAACCGAUGAAUCUGCAUAAAGAUAGAGGGAUGACUGUAGGAGGAUCCUCCCACAGACACAACUCCUAAAUGCAUAAUCGUUUACAUAUUAUAGUGUAUAGUACAUAUUAUCUGUAUUAUAGUUUAGAAUUAUUGAAAGGUUCUUUUUCUGUUUUUUUUGUUUUCAUUUUCCACUUUUUUAAGCAUUAUUCUCUAAUUUUGUUUGGCAUUUUCUAUUUGAUCGAGCAGCAGACCUUUGUCCUCAUAUGUAUUCCGUGUGACUUUACAAGCAUAUAACGUCUGUGAUAAAAUUCAAUAAAUAUGGAUCCAUACACUCGA